AGAGUGUUGCUUUUGGGGAGUGUUUCGUGGUUUUCUCCGUCAGUUUAACUUUGGUCUUCCCUCUUGUCACGUUCCCCAGGAACCGUAUCUCUUUAAUGCUUUCAUUUACAGCAGUCUCUGGUCAGUGCUGAAUGUGUAAAUCGGUAGAUGGGUUAUGUGCAUGGAACAACAGGCAUGUUAGCAGCUCUUAUGUUACUGAGAGCUCGCAUGUUGGUACAGAAGAUCUUAAUUAAUUCCAGAGGCACUGCUUCUCUGUUGAAGGAUAGUAUCUCAUUUACAGACGUUUCAGCUUCAGGGCUAUUUGAAGGUCAUGAUCUUCUGCGCAGAGGCUUUACAAGUGUGAAAAAUGAAUUGUUGCCCAGCCACCCACUGGAGUUGACAGAAAAGAAUUUCCAGUUAAAUCAAGAUAAAACAAACUUUGCCACACUGAGAAACAUUCAAGGAAUCCAUGCACCUUUAAAGCUGCAGAUGGAAUUCAGAGCAGUGAAACAGGUCCAGCGUCUACCAUUUCUUCACAGCUCAAACAUGGGAAUGGAUAUUUUGAGGGGAAAUGAUGAAUGCAUUGGUUUUGAGGAUAUCCUUAAUGAUCCUUCCCAGAGUGAGGUUAUGGGAGAACCACACAUGAUGAUGGAGCACAAGCUUGGGUUAUUGUAACAAAAUAUACUUCACAAAAAUGUUUUGUGUGUGUCUUUCUAGUGCAGAUCCAAGUACAUGGUACUAAAUUGACACUCACAGUGUUAAGCAAGCAGACCUAGUUAUUACUUGCCUUCCUUAAUGAAAAGGCACAUUAAAUGUUUAAUGUCUCUAAAUUGUUCUGUGCUUGUUAUCAAUCAUAUAAAUGUCCUGUAACUAGGUAGUUUAAAUAAUGCCUUUUCAUAAACUGCUCAGGACAAUAGCUUCUUAAAUAUGGAAAUGCUAUAUAUGUACACAAAAAAUUCAAAAAUACCCAGGCAUUUUAAAACUGACUACUGUGGUAAAUGCAUUUAAUGGGGGAAGAGGAAGGUAUUUUCCAUUGCAUAACUAUUUGUUCAUGAAAAUUUCCAUACACUUUUUAAACUAUUGAAUAAAAGUUUGCUAUAAAUGCU